AGACGUGAAGGUGCCUGAGACACACCGCCUGUCGUGCGGGAAGUCUCCCUGCAGGGAGCGAGUGGUCUGGCUCGAGCGCUACUGCGUGCUGUCGGACAAGCAGCUGCUCCUGCUGGACAAAGAUGAGAUCCACCCCUCGCUGCUCCAGGAGCGGCGUUCCGAGUCCUGCAACGUGGCGGUGUUGCCCCGCCCACUUUGACGUUGCGGUGUUGCCCCGCCCACUAUGACGUUGCUGUGUUGCCCCGCCCACUAUGACGUUGCUGUGUUGCCCCGCCCCCGGGCCGUGCCACCCCAGAUCCACCCCUCGCUGCUCCAGGAGCGGCGUUCCGAGUCCUGCAACGUGGCGGUGUUGCGACGCUCCGGCAGCGCCGGUGGCAGCGGUGGCACCGCCGUGCCGGUGUCGCCCGCUCAGCGGCACCACCACCACCAGCUGCAGCAGCAGCAGCAGCUGCCACUCCGCACUGGCUCCGCUCCCGACUCCCCGCUGGAGCGGCUGCCACGCCGGGAGGUCACCGUGCCUGCGUCCGUGGCUGCAAAGAGCAGCACCAUCGAUGGCUCCUCCACCGCCUCCUCCUCCACCGCCUCCUCCACCCUCCUCGCCCCUCCUGCCUCCUCCUCCUCCUCCUUCACGGUGGCGGGCUUCCUGAGCAAGCGCCUGAAGCGCACGAAGAGUCACAGCAAGUUGGAACGCAGCAGCUUGGGACUCCGCGGCCUCCUGACGGGCGGCGGUGGCGGCGGCAGUGGUGGUGGUGGUGGUGGCGGUGGCGGUGGUGCCUUCGACAGUGAGAGGCCACUGGGAAUGCCGCGUCUCACCGAGUCUCACUCCCACGAGUCUCUGCUUAGCCCCAGCCGAGUGGAAACUCUGAGCUUGGCCGGCGGCGACGGCGGCGACGGCGGCGACGGCAGCGACGGGGAGCCACCACUCAUCAAGCCCCUGCACAGCAGCAUCCUGGGACAGGAUUACUGCUUUGAGGUUAUCACGGCUGGCCCCACCAGCAAGGUUUUCUGCUGCCGUUCAGCUUCUGAGCGAGACCGCUGGAUGGAGAACUUGCGACGCGCAGUUCAGCCAAACAAGGACAACCGCCGCCGUGUGGAGACUUCCCUGCGCCUGUGGCUGCUGGAGGCCAGGGACCUGCCGCCCGCCGCCGGCGCCGCCGCCGCCGCCGGCGCCGGCGCCGGCGCCCGCCGCCGCUGCCGCCGCCGCCGCCGCCGCCGCCGCUACUUCUGCGAGGUCUGCGUCGACGACCGGCUGUGCGCCCGCACCGCCGGCCGCUGCCAGGCCGCGGGGCCCGGCACGUCGGCCGAGGGCCCCCGCUGGGGCGAGCACUUCCUGCUGCCGGCGCUGCCGCCGGCGCCGCGAGACCUGACGGUGCACGUCUACCGCGAGGACGCCGACGCCGACGACGCCGACGACGCCGACGACGCCGACGCCGACGCCGACGCCGAUACCGCCAAGAAGAAUAAGAAGAAGAAGGACAAGAAGAAGGACAAGAAGAAGAAGAAGGAGGAGGAGGAGGACGGAGUGGAGAUCGGCGGCAUCGGCGUCGGCAUCGGCGGCGGCGUCUCCGCCGAUUACGUGGGGCUCGUGAACAUCGCGGUGAACUCCGCCGACGCGCCGGGCGCGCGGCAGCAGCUGGUGGAGAAGUGGUACCCGCUGAGCGCCCCCACGGCCGGCAGGGGCAAGGGGGCGGUGCCCGCGCUGCGCGUCCGCUGGCGCCUGGAGAGGGCCCGAGUUCUGCCCCUGGAGCGCUACAAGGAGUUCGCCGAGUUCCUCACGGGACGCUGCACCGACCUCUGCUCAGCGCUCGAGCCGCGGCUGGGGGCGAGGGCGCGCGGGGACGUGGCGAGGGCGCUGGUGCACGUGCUGCACAGCACGGGGAGGGCCAGGGACUUCCUGACGGAGUUGGUCAUGAGUGAGGUGGAUCGCCGCGGCUGCCACGCCGUGGGUGCGGCCGCGGGCGACGCUCCGGCCGCGCUGUUGGUGGACGAGGAGCUGGAGCCUCCUCUCCGCGAGAACUCCCUAGCAGCCAGGGCCACGGAGGAGUACCUGAAGCUGGUGGGGCAGCACUUCCUGCAUCACGCACUCGGUGAGUUUGUGCGAGCUCUCUACGAGUCGGAGGAGGCUUGUGAGGUGGACCCCGGCCGCUGCUCCGGCUCGGAGCUCCGUGACAAUCGCAGCAACCUCACCAUGUGCUGUGAGCUCGCCUUGUGCAAGAUCCUCAACUCGUACUGCGAGUUCCCGCGCGAGCUCAAGGAGCUCUUUGCCGCCUGGCGCCAGCGCUGCGAGGCUCUGGGGCGCCGCGGCGCUGGCUCGGGCGUGCCGCUGGCCGGGCGGCUCGUGGCGGCGGCUCUGUUCCGGCGAUUCCUGUGCCCGGCCAUCGCCUCCCCGGCGCUCUUCGGCCUGGCCCUGGAAGCGCCCGGAGAGAGAACGGAGCGGUCGCUGGCGCUCAUCGCCACGGUGCUGCACAAGCUCGCCGCCUUCGGCAGGUUUGGCAGCCACGACUGCGGCCUGGCCUUCAUGAACGACUUCCUGGAGGCGUCCGGCACCGCCGCCCGGCGGCUCCUGGCCGACGUUUCGGCGGGCGAUGGGGCCGGCACCGUGGCCGGCUUUGACGGAUACAUCGACCUGGGCCACGAGCUGGCCAGCCUGCACGGCCUCCUGCUAGAGGUCACGCAGCAGCUGGACCAGGCGACGUUGUCCCUCCUGGGUCCCCUUCCCCGCAUCCUGGCCGAACUGAGUGCCUCCCUGGACAGCCCCACGCCACCGCUACCGCAGCUGCGGCGUCUCUCCGCCCGCUACAGCUCCACGCCAAACAUCAACAACGGCGGUGGUGGUGGUGGUGGCGGUGGUGGCGGUGGUGGUGGCGGUGGUGGUGGUGGUGGCGGUGGUGGUGGUGGUGGUGAGAGCGGAGUCAGCAGCGUCCCCACCAGCCUCCAGCGCAUCUUUGAGGAGGAGGGGUGUUCUGGGAAUGUUGAGUGGAGAGGGUUCGACUUCCCCAGGAAAUCCUCCACCACCACCACCAUCACCACUCAGGACAACGACGGUGGUGGUGGUGGUGGUGGCAGUGGUGGUGUUGCCGGUGGUGGUGGUGGUGUUGCUGGUGGUGAUGUUGGUAUUGUUGCUGGUGGUGGUGGUGGUGGAUCGUUCUACCGAGCGUCGUCAUCCCAGUCCCACUUGGCCACCGCCGCCGCCGCCGUCGUCGCAAAAAGUGACGGGACGUCUCGCUCACUCCACCACGCCUCCACCUCCUCCUCGUCCUCUUCCUCCACUCAUCAGCAUCAGCAGCAUCAGCAGCAGCAUCAGCAGCAGCAGCAGCAUCAGCAGCAGCAGCAUCAUCAUCAUCAGCAGCAGCAUCAGCAGCAUCACGCGCCACGCUGGAACGGCAGCAAAAGCCUCUCGCUGCUCGACCUGCAGCCAGAGAGACACGCGGCUGAGAGAGCCCUGGACCAACGGUCCUGGACCACCACAUCCGACCACCACCACCACCACCACCACCACAACAACAACAACCACCACCACGACCAACAACAACAGCAGCAGCAGCAGCAGCAGCAGCUCCAGCCGCUGUCCUUUCAGAACCCCCUCUACAACUUCUCGGCGGUCGCCGCGCAACAGAGGGGCGGUGGUGGCGGUGGUGGUGGUGGUGGUGGUGGCGGCGGUGGGAGAGGAGGAGGAGGAGGUCGAGCCGGAGACUCGGAGGAGGUGACCAAGCACCACACGUACAGCGGCACCGAGGACCUGGUGAGACGGGGAGGUGCAGUGAUGCAGCAGCAGCUGCAGCAGCAGCAGCAGCAGCUGCAGCAGGGAAAGAUCAACAGCCUGGGAGCACAGUGGCGAAUGGAGGACGCCGCUCCCACCCCUGGAGGCAAGGGGGUUCGCCGGGGCCCGCCGGGACCCCCGCCGGGCCUCGCCGAGGGGGCCCCCGGCACGCAGGGCCCCCCAUCCGGGGGGACGGCGGCGGCGUUGCCGGUGGCACGGCCACGGCAACAUUCCGGGUCCUCCAAGGCCGAGAGCCCCACUCCGGCGGCACGCCCAGCGGCUCACCGAGCCCCGCCCGAGUCUCCCGUGAUCGCCGCUGAACUCUCUCCUGUGGAGCGCACCGCUGCCUGGCUCCUGCACCUCCAGUGCAGCGACCACGACCCGGACGACCUCCACCACCACCACCUGCACCACCACCAGCACCACCAGCACCACCACACUGAAGACCUCCAUCACCACGAGCAGCACCACCACACUGAAGACCACCACCAGCACCACACUGAAGACCACCACCAGCAUCACACUGAAGACCACCACCACCAGCAUCACACUGACGAGCAGCAGCGCAUCCUCAGGAAGUACGAGUCUGAGCUGACGGCGGUGCGUGAGCUGCUGGCGGCGUCGACUCGCCGCCAGCAGGCCUGCGCCCAGCGCCUGCGUCUGCAGGAGGAGCAGCGCGACGCCGUGCAGCGGGAAUAUCGCGCUCGCCUCGACGAGAGUGACGAGCGCCUACGGCGUCAGCAGGAGGACAAGGAGGCGCAGAUGAAGGGAAUCAUCAGCAGGCUGAUCGCCGUGGAGGAGGAGCUCAAGAGGGACCACGCGGAGAUGCAGGCGGUGAUCGACGCCAAGCAACAGAUCAUCCACGCACAGGAGAAGCGGAUCCUGUCUCUGGACGAGGCCAACUCAAGGCUCAUGAGCGCGUUGGCCCAGCUCAAGGAGCGCUACAGGCGUCAGGCGCGAAACGGACUACCACCCAACAACCCCCACGGUGGUGGUGCCGGCGGCGGUGGUGCCGGUGGUGGUGCCGGCGGUGGUGCCGGCAACAACGCAACAACAACCACCACCACCACCACCAAGCUGUCCAUCACGGAGAAUGGGGAGUUCAAACAUAGCUCCUGCUAGCGGAUACCACCGCCACUACGACUGACGUUACUACCGCUGCCGCCGCUGCUACCACCUUCACCAUCGUCACCGCCGCCGUCACCACCACCAUCAUCACCAUCACCACCACCAUCAUCACCACCAUCAUCACCACCAUCAUCACCACCAUCACC